AUGAAGAGUAUAUUCGUUUCGCAUCUUUUGAGAAACAAAAGGGUUCAGUCUUAUCGUGGUGUUAGAGAAGAAGAGACCAAACUGAUGCUCAGGAAGAUAGAACAACAGUCCACGUAUUCGUCACCAGAUCACUUAGUUGCUCUAAAUCUAAGCGAAAUGUUUUCGACUCUCACAAAUGAUGUGAGCUGCAGAGUGGCUCUUGGGAGGAAGUACUGCGUUGGAGAAGAUGGUAAGAUAUUUCAGGAGAUUUUGAAGGAGUUCAUGGAGUUAAUGGGACGUGCGUAUAUCGGGGACUACAUUCCAUUGACGCUGCUCCACCAAGUGAUUUAG